GUCACGUGAUCAAACUGUGGAAAGUUGUCAAGUUGUUUGUGAACGUGUUUACACUUACAAAAGUGGGUUUUGACAAAUAAUGGCAUGGAUGGUAGAACAGUUUUGUACAUGAACUGAGAUAUAACAGAGUGUCACAAUGGCUGUGGUGGCUAAUCCAUACACCCAACAACAUGCUCAGCUUGGGCUCAUUGAAGCGGGUCUCAAAACACUAAAAAAUGAUAAGAGUCUUAUGUCUGAUGCAGAGUUCUCCGACAUGUAUUGGGCUGUGGAGAGACACCAUAGGGAUCUCAGAUUGGCACAUCUCACUGGAAAAGCCAAAGAUCUCAUGGAGCAAGCAGAGAAAGAUACAAAGUUUUACAAUAUACUCAUCAAGAUGUUGUGUGAAGUUAAAAACCUACCGAGAAAGAAAAAGAAAGAGACAGUGCACAAAGUUCACAACUGGUAUGUGGGUAACAGACACACAUUAGCCACUGGACCUAGAUUUGGAAAGUCAACACCCAGAAGUGAAACAAGAGAUGGUUUAAAGACAGAUCAUGUGAGAACCAAGUCUGCCAAAUUAAGUUACAGGAGUUCAAAAUCUGCUACCUCAACAGGCCGCAAGCAGUCAAACAAAGAAAAUGAAGCAACUCCGCGAGAAAAGGACUUUAAACAAUUUAUGUCUGAGACGAGAGAUGAUGUCUCGUCCAUGCAUGGAGUCGGGGAGAGCAUGAAUCCUCCAAGUGAACCAGCAUCAAGUCGCUUGUCUGUAUUUGGUAACGAUUUCCUCACCAACCGUUUCAUGAUGGAUUUACCUUCUAGCAAGCUGAGCUGGCAUCUGGAUACACCACUCGGGAAGACAGGCACAGAGAUGGUUUCCUCCCCAACAGACUGGGAUUGUCCAGAUUUAGAGUUACAGCGUAUUGGCGAGAGUUCUCUCAGUAGACCAACUUUUGAUGAACAUUUCCACGCCAGCCAUCCCUCUGUGCCAAACUCGAGCCCUCAGUCUCAUCCAGGUGACGGCAGUCCACGCAGUGUUGGUUCCGGUGGCAGUGACGGUAACGCAAGUUCUGGUGUUGAUGUUGGCUCUGCAGACAUGAUGGACUUCCACAGUGAUGUAAGGCGACGACUGUCUCAUGGUGUAACUUCAACUUGCACUGGAAUGCAGGGGAUGUCAGAUGACCAGAGCUAUACUGGUGGAUAUGGACUGCCAAGGAAGAUGGUACAUUCUAUUGCCAGCCUUGUGAAUCCUCAUGCCAAGCUGGCUGAGUCUGAAGCAAGAAAGAUGGAACAGGAAUAUCUAAGGGAACAGAUCAAAGAACAGAUGUCAGCUACUCCGCAUAGAACUAGCAAUAAAAAUACAUCAGCUAAAGGUCCCCCAGAUCUGAGUGCCCAUAUUCCUGUAUUGAGGACUGUCAGUGUGUCAAGUAAUAGAGGAGAAAAUGUGAAGGCAUUUAAUAGCUUCAAACAUGAUCAUCUCUAUGGGCAAGACAUUCUCAGUCCUCAACGGCCAUAUUUUCCAAGACCUCAUACAACACAGGUGUUUCCCCCCAUAAGGACAGGUAAACUUAACUUUGUCGGUCGCAGCGGUACUGCCCUGGAUGUGCGUUACAGCGCACAUGCACAGGGUGAUCAGCCGGAGCAGCACACCAAGAGUGUAAUCCAGUUAUACGGCAUGACGGCCAAAGAUGAGCCAAAACCCCACGCUAAGCAAAGUGAGUCCAGAAUACACAAUCAGACGUUAGAGGAGUUCUACCAGGCAGCAGAGAACUACUCCCCAUCCCAUCUGUCAAUGUUUCGCAGCACUUCACGUACCCAAUCAGCACCAGCUCCCAGGGUAAAGAGUUCAAAAUCAAUACAGAGUGGGGCAAAGACAGUUCAACCCAGGAGACAAUCUCCAGGAAAAUCGCAGACAACACCAAAACUUGGAAAAUCUCUCCUGGACAAUAAGUUUGAGAAAUCUAUGAAUGAUGAGGAUGAAGAAGAAGAUGAAAUCCUGUAUAGCUCAGCAACUGAAAGACCUAAAUCUGCUGUGAAGUUGGAGGCUGUUGUUAAUAUGAUAGAUCAGGUAAAAGAUGAGAUGAACUUCUUCAGAGAAAAGCUUGCCCCAGCACCAAUGCCAGGCUUCAGACAACCAGCAAGUACCCAAGUAUCAAACAAACCAUUGUCUAGACCCACCUCUACAGCAAGUCACAGAAGUAGGCCAAGGUCAUCACAAGUCAGACCAAGGUCACCUAGUCCUCAAGGUCGACCAAGUACUCCACAGGAACCAGAUGAUAUAUUGAUGGGUCAACCAGAGGUACCAGCUGAUACAUUUAAAACCGUUCCACUGAACAGACCACAUUCUGCAUCUGUCAAUAAAGCUGUGGACUGGAGGGGUAAAGUUACCCCCGAGAGCACUAGAAUCAGAUCAAAGACAAGAUUCGGUGGUCACAGUUAUGUACAAAAACUGAAACCUUCUUUGAGAACAGCAGGGGCGACCAGUGCUGGUACACGGCCAAAAACUGCUCCAAUAUCAAUGAAAGAUAGGUGGAAUUCCAAAGAUAAGGAAGAAAAUGAAAAUGGUGACUCUCUUAAACUGCCAGAGGUUAAAAUACAGAACUAUCCCUCGGUAGUAUCAAACUAUCCUUGCUAUCCGGUGAAACAUCGGGAUGAUAAACCGCCGGCUUUAAUUACAAUAACGGAGUGUGACAAGAAUGAGCGGGUAUCUUCCCAGGCAGCCAGUAACACCAUGACCCAGGUAGACGAUCAAGACAUGGAUAGAAUUAUGAGCAUACAGCAUCUUCUGGGUAGCAGUGAUUCCAGGUAUGGUUCAAUGGGAUCGCUUUUCCUGGAUGAAGAUUUCCUGCGAUCAAUGAACUCGCGCUACUCUACUGCCACAUCAAUGAGUCACAUGACCUCGCAGAGCAAAGAGUACUUGUCAUUUGUUGCUCCAAAAACACCUAGACAAUCUCCUAUAGAUGCUAGAUCUUUGAGCAAACAAAGCAUAAGGAAGCCUGAUGUUAUAAAUCAGAUACCAGAGGAGCUUAGUGAUUUAGGAGAAGAUCUACAGUACACAGACAGCACAGCUAAUGUGCCACCAUUGCAACUUGAGCAGGUUGAUAAUGAAAACCUAAAACAGAAAGACCAGGUUUCUCCCCAAGGUAAAACAUUACAACAGUCUCCUGUUGUAGAUGGUGUGUUACCUGAACAAGAGGUGAAGGUCACUGAGGAAAUUACCAGGUCAGAGGUCAUACCUGAAUCAGAGGACAAGGUCGGGGAACAGUUGACACCAGAGGGUGUUACUGAGGUCAAGGUCACAGAAAUUCCAAAGAAGUCAGUAGACACAGCUAGAGAAAUAGUUCAUGUUGAGAGUGAAGAUAAAGAAGGUGGUGUUCACAUAGAGGUUACAGCAGUGCCUGCUAUAGGCCGUCCACGUACCCCACCCAAUGAUACAGCUAUAGAAGAAUUAACUGAAUCAGAAACCUGGCAUUACCAACCCCAACCUGAGGAAGAUGAUACAGAUACUGAUGUUAAUUUAAAUGUUGAAACUGACCUUGUUAACAAAACACAAUCCACUCAACAACAUCAUCACGCCCAUCACAGACAUGAUCUUGCAAGUCGACAAAGUAGUUCGGCAAAGUCUAUUGUAAAACCAGAAAAUUACUGUUUCCAUUGCGUACCAGACAAUAUGAGUAGCAAGGUUGGUCGCUCUGCAGGGCGUAUGCCUGGAACAGUCCAAAGUCCUGCUGGUCAGGUUUUGAGAAUGGCUCGGCGACAGAAUGAAUAUUUCAAGAAGGCACCACCAGUGAGAACACCACCAUCUAUACCCAGUACACACCACUUGCAUUCUGCGAAGUCACCCAGACACGGCCAACAGUACAGCACCGAGCUUGAACAUCAUGCACGAAAAGUAAAAAGUCCACGGCAUUUUAUGGAACAAGAGAGCCCCAGAUGGUCACGCCCAGAUAGCGGAAAAAUAUGUAGGGGUAGUCCACGUAAAACAGAUGAACAGAAAGUUGCAAACAAGCCAGAGUAUAUUUUCACUCAAAGAGGCAAUUUGUUAAUUGUUGAAUUACGAAAGGACAACUGUAGAUCAGCGCCCCCUGGCUCUUGUCAGGAUUCAGAUGGCAUUAUGGAUUCUUUGUCCAUCAUCAGUCUCCGCACGCCAUCACGUGCUCACACUGCACCUACCAUGCAUACACAGAAAACCUCGGAGACAUUAGGGACAUUACCAGCCCAUGCGGAAGAGACAGACCCCACUGAUGAUGGAAGCACGGCCACUGAUACACCAGAGGUUAUAUAUGCAAGACCUAGUGCAUUGACCAGAGCAAGGACAGAUUUGAGUCAGCAAUCUUUGGCACAUGUUGGCAGACCUAUUCCACAGGUCUCUCAUGUCCCUGAUCCUAUUGAGGUUGAGGAAGCAGUAAUGAAGCAACAAGAAGCAAAGGCAGCCGUAGAUAUACAGCGUAUAUUCCGAGGCUAUGUUUGUCGUAACUCGUACAGGAAGUUGUUGUGGGAAAACAGGAAAGAUAUUGAAGAUAAACAGAUGGCAUUACAAGAAAGUCAAAGGGAGUAUAGGAAACAUAAAGGUAGAAAAGCUAAGAUAUACAAUAGACCUCCACUGGACCCUGAACUGUUACAGUGGGCUAAAGAUUUUAAAGAGAUACAGGUGCAGCAUGCAGGAAAGAGACAGAUGAAAGUGGAUGCCAUGGCUAAAGAGAUGCUAGCCAAUCAACAGAAAGCAAAGUCAAAGAUUGAAGUGAUUGGUCCACAUGUGGAAAUAUACGAUAUAUAUCAUCCCAAAGAAACGGGUCCAUCUCAGCGAGAAAUGCAUAAAGCAGCGGUACACAUACAGAAACAUGUACGGGGAUUUCUGGUGAGACGAAGAUUUGAAAAACUACGCAGGAAGGCUACAUUCUGUGGUAGUACAUGGGAGAAGAUGGUAAAAGACUACAAGAAUCUCCUAGUCCGGGUACAGAGAUGGCAUGGUGUGGAGAAACCAGUCACACCAUUCUCUCUACAGGAAAUGCACGAGUAUAUGGAUAUGAGAAGACGGUUUGAAAGUCAAUUUGAUAAAAAAGCAUUUGGUUCAGAGAUGGAGUUGGGAGAGCUGGAGGCAUUUUUCCGAGAGUGUGACCUUUACCCAUCAAGGGCUGAGAUAGAUGAGGGUCUUGAUGUUACUACAAAGGGUCAGUCCAUAAAGAAAGGAAAUGGACUAAAGAAGCAUGAGGCAAUGAACUUGCUGUUCUAUAUCUAUGUUCCCAAGGCAACCGGUCUCACCGACACUCGACAGUCAACCUGGAUGAACCCUAUCAUAAAUGGUGUAGAGGCAAAGAAAUUGAUAGGGAGUGAAUUUGUCGAGGGAGCACCAUUAAAACCUUGUGCGGAUCUUGUGAUACAGUCACGAAAAGAGAGAAGAAUGAAGGAGGAGGAGGAAAAAGAAAGACUUAGAGAGAAAGAACAAAAAGCUAAAGGAGAAAGAAGUGGCGGCGAUUCAGACAGUGAUGGUCAGACUCAGACAGCAAGAAAAAAGUCAACUGGAAAAUUGGGGACAAGUGCAAGUAAAGGGCCGACAGGAACAAAACUGGGACAAAAAAAGAAAAAAUGAAGAAAACCUUUAAUAAUAAAUAGAAAUUAGUCCUAGUGGCUUAGGGUUGAGCAACAUUAUAGACUAGGUGAAAGAUAUAGCAAACAACUUGCUUGCUGAAACAGUAUAUAACUGACAUUUACUUGAACUCUAGACUGUGAUAGUAAUGUGUUUAUUCCGUCCAGAAGAUUUGCCUGAUACUUCUGCCAUGAAAUACUAUACCAGUGAUAAAUUUUAACAUGCAUUUAUUUCGCUAUUAUAUAUUGAUUGACAAAUAGCCUUUUAUUACUCUGAUUUCUGUUGUAUUGAAUAAAAUAUAACUUUUAACUUAGCAAGUAAAGGCAACUGUACCAUUCUUUUAACAAAUACUUGCUUUGGUCUAUGUCUACAGAAACAGGGUAAUCAACAGUUGUCAGUAAUUUGUCUCAGUUAACAGCCUCCUGCUGACACAUUAAAACUAUGCAGUAUUCACAUACUGCGUGAGAAUGUUAUAUACUUCAUACAUGCCUGUCUUGAGCUAAUGUAACUUAGAAAACCAGAAAUUUAUAACUGUUCAUGCAUUUAGACAUUACACAAUCAUAUGGAGAUAGUACAAUUAAGGUGAGUUUUCAUAUGAUUAGGUUGGAAGAAUCAGUUAUACUGCUGAUAAAUAUACUUAUACAUGUUUAUUUGUAAAUGAUGCUUUAGUAAUUGUCUAUGUAUUAUUGUAUUGAUGCACAAAUAUUUAUUUCACAUUUUUAUGGGUGCUAUAGUCGAGGCAGUAGAAGUUCAGUAUUUAAUAUUGCAGUAUCAUAUUUUUUGUUGGUAGACAUUACAUGUCAGUAUUUAACAUUAUGGUAUCAUUGUUGGUAGACGUUACGGUAUCACAGUUUUGUUGGUAGACAUUACAGUGUCACAGUUUCUGUUGGUAGACAUUACAGUGUCACAGUUUCUGUUGGUAAACAUUACAGUGUUACAGUUUCUGUUGGUAGACAUUACAGUGUCACAAUUUCUGUUGGUAAACAUUACAGUGUUACAGUUUCUGUUGGUAAACAUUACAGUGUCACAGUUUCUGUUGGUUGACAUAUCAGUAUUUAAUACUGUGGUAUCAUAGUUUUCACGCUCUCACAUUUAUGUGGAGGGCAUAUAGCAUUGCUGCUGUCUGUACGUUCGUCCGUAUACGUACGUCCCAAAAUCUUGCGUGUCCAACUCUUCCCACACAGUUAGCAUGAUUUGCUUCAAACUUUUACAAAUGAACAAGCUUGAUGUGCAGAUAACCAUAAAGGAAGGAACUACCAUGACUAUUUAUACCACAGUUAUGGCCCCUUAGUAGUUUUACUAUAUAGAAUAUAGAGAAAAAUCUUGUGUGUCCAACUUCUCAAAGACUGUUUAAAGGAUAUGCUUGAUAGUUUCACAGGUGAAGGACCUGGAUGUGAAGAUGACCAUAAAUAAUGGACUUUUUUUCUCCGGCUAUUUUUUCUAGAAUUAUGGCUCUUUCUUAAUUUCACAAAAUAGGCCAUAGUGAAGAAAUUUGGUGUGUUCAACUCCUCAUACACUUUUUGAAAAAUUAAAUUCAAAGUUGUUAAGAUGCACAAUCUUAUCUGAAUAUAGUUUUAGUCGAACAUCCUUCAUGUGAACUUUGCUAUUUAGAGGAUGGCGCAGUAUGUGGCGGCAUCUGUUUCCAAUAGUCACAAUUCUAGUUGUUGGUAGACAUGUCUGUGGUAUCACAAGUUUUUGUUGGUAGACAUGUAGAGUUGAAGUGUUGAUGCUAUAUACCACAGUUACAGCAGCUGUUGCUGCAUAUUUCUAGUUAUUGAUGUAUUGUUUAGUUUUAUUGUUUUACUUUAAAAAUAUUCUACAGUAUUCAACAUGUUUUAGGUCACUUUUCAAGCAAUUUUGAUUUUUUUUUCACAUUUUUUAUUGUUCAUUACAGUCCUUAAUUGCUCUGUAAGCUGGUAUUUUGUGUAAAGUUAUGAGACAAAGAACAAAUAUGUUUAGGUGAAAUCUUUUAAAGCAAUUACAUUUGGAAAUGUCUUAGAAGUAAGUUAGCAAAAGGUAAAAACGUUAUAUCAAGAGGUUAACAGGAAAUGGAAGUAUUAGUAUUUGUUUAAGUUUUUUUUUUCAGUUAAAGCAGUUUACCCUUCAGCACAGGAUAUAAUUGGACAGUAUUAAAUUUUACUGCAACUUGAUGUUUCAUAAAUCUGAAAAAAAGGUUAAGUUUACUGAAAUCUUUGAAAUACUGUGACCAUUUUACAGUUGUUUACUUUUUUAUAUUUUAUUUAAGUGAAUGUUUUAAAUGAACACACACAAAAGACAGCACUACAGACAUACUACAGAGGUAAUACAUUGACUUUCUAACAUCAUUUAAAGCUUUGAUUUUAUAACCAAAAUGUAUUGCAUUACAUAUGAAGUUUUAAUAUUCAAUGUAAUAAAAGUUAUUCUGCAUGUGUUUCUCGUGCAGUGAUUAGACUGUGAUUGUUAUAAAACUGUGAUACUCUGUUAUUUAUGUUGUAGAUUAAAUGUGUAAUGUAAAAUCUCAUCUUAUGCUUGUUUUACCCAAAUAAGAAAAAGUAUAUUGUUUAUCAAA